AUGGCUCCCAAGGACUAUGCAGCCUUGGAUGAUGAAGGAGAUGAUGGUGAUGGGAAGGAUGAUAUGAAUAUUCCUGAUGUUCAGUUCGAAAUGUCUAACUUUACCAAUAAGACAAAACUCAUAGAAGACAGUAUAGAGAAUGGUGUAUUUGACUUGGAUAAUACCAUUGGGAUACCUGAUUAUGAUGUUAAUGUCGUUCUUUCAGAGGAUCCACUUGUACGGGAUGUAUUAAGAGAAAACGAGAAUAAAUCUACCAUGCGGUGGGCGUUUAUGAACAUGGCAAAUAGCAUUCUUGGUGCUGGGGUUAUCAGUCAACCAUUUGCACUGAAAAAUUGUGGAAUAAUCGGUGGCCUCGUCGCUUAUUUCCUCUUAGGAUUUCUGGUGGAUUGGACUCUUAGAUUAAUCGCAAUAAAUCUUGUUCUUACGGGAACUCAAACCUACCAGGACACCAUCCAAUCUGUUAUGGGUAGGAAGGGUAAGAUCUUAAUUUUGGUAACCAACGGCCUAUUUGCCUUUGGUGGUUGUAUUGGAUUUUGCAUCAUUAUUGGAGAUACCGUCCCUCACGUACUCCGAUCACUUUUUCAUUCAAAUAGCUUCUUCCUCAGAAGAAACGUGAUUAUCAGUUUGGUUACAUUUUUUAUCUCUUAUCCCCUGUCUUUGCAGAGAAAUAUUGCUGCGUUAUCCAAAGCCUCUUUUCUGGCUCUAGUCAGCAUGGUUGUGAUAGUAUUUAGCGUCAUCAUACGUGGACCAAUGUUAAACUCGGCCUUAAAGAGUGAAGGUCUUUCAAUUGAAAACAUUUUCGUCACUCCCAGAUUUUUCCGUGGCGUUUCUGUAAUUUCAUUCGCAUUGGUGUGCCAUCAUAAUACAAGCUUUAUAUUUUUGUCCAUGAAGAAUAGGAGUAUUCAGAAGUUUUCUAAACUGACGCAUAUAAGUUCCGUUGUAUCAGUAAUAUUUUGCAUGCUAAUGGGAUAUUCUGGUUUCGGAGUUUUCGGAAUGAAGACCAAAGGUAACAUUCUGAAUAACUUUCCCGUGAAUGACAAAACUAUCAACAUUGCCAGGCUCUGCUUUGGUUUCAACAUGCUAACGACUUUUCCUCUGGAGAUUUUUGUUUUACGUGACGUCAUCUCUACUUGUUUUCAAAAGCAAAUAUCAACUAAUUGUGAACCUGCUAUUCUUUCUACAAAACUACACUUCAUUAUUACAACAGUUUUGGUAUUUGGUACUAUGUCUGUGUCAUUAACUACAUGCAAUCUUGGUGCACUUUUUGAAUUGAUUGGGGCAACAACGGCGAGUAUAAUGGCAUACAUACUACCUCCUUUGACUAAUUUAUUGUUAAGAAGGGAGAAAUCUUCAUUUAAAAGUAAAUCGCCACAUAUUUUGAGCAUCAUUUUUGGGGCAACAAUGAUGAUUGUAAGUAGUGCCCAAACCAUUUUCGAAGCAAUCCAUGGCGAAGAUCAAAAUCACUGUGAAAUAUAA